AUGAAUACGCACACACCUGACGCUUCCUCGUCGAGAGAGUACGACUUCGUGAUUGUCGGUGGUGGGACGGCGGGGCUUGUUCUUGCUGCUCGUCUUACUGAAAACGCCAAUGUUACCGUCGGGAUUAUCGAAGCAGGCGGUGACCAUUCCGAUGCGCCUCCGAUCAAAGUCCCCGGAAUGGUUGGCCAGGCUUUCGGUAAUGAGGACCUUGACUGGAACUUCAAGACAGUCCCGCAGGUUGGUGCCAAGAACCGUGUCAUCGCCUGCCCUCGCGGCAAGGGUGUGGGGGGAUCUUCUGCGAUCAACUAUAUGGUCUAUACUAGGGCCAACUCUACGGAGUACGAUGCCAUCGAGGCUCUUGGCAACGAUGGGUGGAACUGGUCCAGUUUUCUCCAGUAUAUGAAGAAGGCAGAGACGUUUUCUGGGCCAUCUGUUGACGCGAAGGAGCGUUACCGCCUCGAAGGAAAUGACGACGUUCACGGUUUCGACGGUCCAUUGAAGAUAUCUUACUCUACUUGGUUUAACCAGCUCCACGCGCAGUUCAUUGACGCGCUCGUGGAUCUAGGAGUUCCUGUCAACAUAGAUCCGACGGGUGGCGUCAAUUCUGGCGUGUACACUGGGAUGCUUUCGGUGGAUCCUACUUCUGCAGUUCGUUCUCAUGCCGGUAACGCCUACUAUCAGCCCAAUGCUGAUCGUCCGAAUCUGCAACUGCUGUCAGGCGCACAUGUGACACGUGUCGUACUGGAUCUUGCCGAUGGCAAGUACGUAGCCAAGGGCGUUGAAUACCUCAAGGAUGGUCAGAAGCAUCUUGUACGCGCAAAACGCGAGGUGAUCUUGUGCUGUGGGAGCAUCCAGACUCCCUUGGUCCUAGAGCUCUCCGGGAUCGGACUCAGCGACGUGCUCAACAAGCACGAAAUAUCUCAGCUCAUUGAUCUACCUGUCGGCGAGAACCUGCUGCCAGAGGAUCAUCCGUGGGUACCUUUCAUUCACGAGGUGGAUAAGAACACCGAAACUCUCGAUGAUUGUGCGGACGAGGCGUUCCUGAACAAGCAGAUCAAACUCUACCACGAACAACAGCGAGGGAUUUUGUCUAGCCCUUGCUCCGGAUGCGCGCACGUCCCACUCGAUCGCAUAGCAAGCCCUGAUGCGCUUGCCAAACUUGUACGGGCCGUCCAGGACGAGAAAACUGCCGCUGGCUCGGAGACCCUCCAACAGCAGCUCGGCUUCGUCCAAGGAUGGUUCUCCGAUCCUCGACAUCCCAUGCUCGAGAUCUUGCAACUGCCUGCCUUCCAUCCGGCCGUUGCGCUGAAUCGCAAGAGCGAUCCAUCAUGCCGUUACCAUACAUUGCUUCUCAUCAAUCUGCAUCCGCUAUCGCGCGGGUCAGUGCACAUCUCGUCGUCGGCGCCGACUGCUCGUCCACUGCUGGAUCCGGGCUUCCUGCGCAACCCGGUCGAUGUGGAUGUCCUUGUACAUGCUGUGCGCUUCGCGAAGUCGCUUAUCCAGACGGAAUCGUACCGCGAUUCCAAGCCGGCAUUGUAUGAACCGCCUGAGGAUAUCAUCGAAGAUGACGAGAAACUACGCGACUUCAUCCGCGAGCACAUCGAGGGCAUAUACCAUCCCGUUGGCACCUGCUCCAUGCUGCCCAAGAAGGAUGGCGGUGUUGUUGAUACUUCUCUUCUCUUCUUGUCUACGGCACGGAGAACCUGCGCGUGGUGGAUGCGUCCGUCUUGCCAUUGGAACUAUCCACGCACAUUCAGUCCAGUGUAUACGCCAUAG